GGGGAAUAAUCAAUGCUGUGCUGAAGCCCGGACAGAAUGAAGGAAUUAAAUAUGACAGGCGUUUAUAGACAGAUGCUGAUUCGGAUAAGGAGGAGCACGAUUAGAUGCACGCUGGAGCAACGUGGUGUGGAGCAAACGAUAUAUAAAGAGCCUAUAUCAACUGGGUUGUGGGCAGAACUUCAGAUCUACUCACGACACAUAAGAUCGACGACUUAACCACAAAGUACGCUCCUCAUCAACUUCAAACGCUACUGACCGUCCAUUUCCCUGUUCAGGGAUAUGUCAAGAUUUCGCCGCGGCGAUGGAUCAAAAGAAGCGUCUCUUAUUGUGAGAAGGCGCUCGACGCCGGCGCAGACAACCCAACUGGUGCCAACACACACGAUACGGGUGCACACAAAGACAGUGCGGGCAGUCGCAUUCUUCAAAGAUGGUCGAUGGAUCGUCACUGCUUCGAAGGAUAGAACCCUGCGAAUCUGGAACGUGGAGAAAAGAGCAUGUGUGGGAGGGCCAUUCGAGGGCCAUAGUGACGUCGUGACGUCAGUUACCGUAUCUCCAGACGAUAGACGAAUUGCGAGUGGUGGAGAUGAUGGAGCCAUCAUCAUCUGGAAUGUCCAGAGCAACCAGAUGCUUUUCAAACCGCUGGAGAAGCAUAUGCGCCGGGUGUCCUCGGUGUGUUUCUCCCCCGAUGGCAAGAGACUUGCGAGCGGGUCAUGGGAUGAAACAGUUAUCAUAUGGGAUACGGAGACCGGCGCGGUCCUCUCAACCCUCGAGUGUUGGAGUUCGGUGUCGUGUGUCGCCUUCAGCCCGGACGGGCUAAGAUUAGCAUACGGAUUAUAUCGCAAUAUUCGGAUUUGGAGCCCCGCCGAUAACGCAGAGGUUCAGUUCGACAUCAAAGCUCAUGACAACGAUUGGGUUUAUAACAGCAUUCAAGUUGUGUGGUCGCCUGACGGCCAGCAGCUUGUCUCUGCAUCAAAUGACGAAACAAUCAAGUUUUGGGACUCCUCAAAUGGGUCACAGAUCGGUCAACCUUGCACUGGUCACACUUCCUCCAUUAGGUCACUUGCCAUUUCUUCUGAUGGUGUCUUCAAUGCAACUGCCUCGGACGACUAUACUGUGCGCCUGUGGGACAUAAAGUCACACAAACAGAUAGCACAACCACUCAAACACACUGCACGUGUUUUCUGCGUUGCAAUUUCUCCCAGUGGAGAACUGCUCGUGAGUGGAGACGAUGAUGGGAAUGUUCAUCUAUGGUCGAUCGGGAACAUACUUUCUGCAGCAUUCGGGACGGGCUCCUCAUACCUUGCGCAUCGCAGUAAGGUGAAGUUGGGCCAAAAGCUUUAUGCAGAGGCUCUUUCGGAUGCGGAAAAGAUCAUCGAGCUCGACCCUUCGUCUUACCUCGGGUACGAGUUGAAGCAUGCAGCACUUCAUGGAUUACAACGCUAUGAUGAUGCAUUCAAGGCCUUCACAAUCAUGCUCUCCAAGUUGGAUGAUACACUCGACCCACAAAUACGACAGCUACGCCAGCAAUAUGUCAAUCCAUCUGAAGUAAAAGAUGCUAUCCGACGAGCCAUUCAUGCUCAACUGGAAAAUGCCCCCCUUCGUCUAAUCAACACCUCUACUGGACGUUUGUGCGAUCGAGAUGCACAGAUAAACGCAUUCACGGAGAGUACAGAGCACAAAGAGCUUUUGCAUUCAUUGAUGAUGCAUGCGCCCGACCAAACGGAGUCUAUCAAAGAAGCGGUCGCGAAGUACUUCAGCUGGGUCAUGUUGUCCCAUAGGUGGGAAAGGAAUGAGCCGCUACUGCACGACAUUCAGGGCAGGGACAUAUAUGACUUGGAUCCGGUUGGAACCGUGGUGAAGUUACAGAAGUUCUGCGAAGUCGCUCGUGAUGCGGGGCAUCGUUGGGCGUGGAGUGAUACGUGCUGCAUCAACCAGAACAACAAUGUGGAGGUCCAGCAAUCAGUGAACUCCAUGUUCGUCUGGUAUCACUACUCAGCGCUCACCAUCGUCUACCUAUCGGACGUGCCUCCUUCGUCAGAGUCUGGGGCGCUCGCAAGCAGCAUUUGGAACACGCGAGGAUGGACCGUUCAGGAGUUCCUCGCUCCUAAAGUUGUUCUCUUCUACCAAGCAGAUUGGACCCCAUAUCUCGACGACCGCUCACGCAACCACAAGGAGUCUGUCGGCAUCAUGCAGGAGUUGGAAGAUGCAACAGGCAUAAAUUCGUCGGCGCUUGUUGACUUUCAUCCGGGUACAAGAGAUGCCCGAGAGAAACUCCGAUGGGCAUCAACGCGUGUAACUACUUUGCAGGAAGAUAUCGCGUAUUCACUGUUUUGGAUCUUCGGCGUCCACCUCCCUGUAAUCUACGGAGAAAAAAGACAGAACGCGCUCGGACGACUUUUACAGGAGAUCAUAGCCCAUUCGGGCGACAUCACGGCCCUGGACUGGGUGGGACAAUCGUCCAACUUCAACAGUUGCCUGCCAGCCGAUAUUUCCUCAUACAAGACUCCGUCGUGUGCACUGCCAUCUCUAUCUGAACGCGACAUGCAGAAUUCGGUCUCCUCAUUACGAAAUAAUAUUUUCGCUGUGGAAUCGGCUUCGAAACUGUAUACCCUCCUUGAGAACCUCAGCGUUCCUCGUUUCGCAAACGCCAGACUGCAAUUGCCUUGCAUCGCAUUUCCUCUCACAGAAGUCAGGCGGAGGCCUGGUCGAGACGGGGAUACAUGUUUCAUUUAUGACGUCAAGGCAGACGGGCUACAAGACCUGCUGGUCAUAACGGAAGACAAGCUUGUUCAAUUCUCGCCUGCAAGGCGUACUCGGCGGACAUUCCUGCUCGUCCGUCCGUGGAAUCGGCAUGAUCUCGGGCUGAUUAACUUCGCAGACGAGACGCAGAGCGUAGAAGAUUGGCCUGAGCCUGGGUCCCCUGGAUACAACGAGUCCACUAUGCGAGAGUUGAGGUUGAUCGUUCGGCUCGGACAGCCUUUUGGCGGACUUUUGCUAGCGCAGCAGUGGGGUGGGGAGUAUAAGAGAAUUGCUUCGGAUAACAAUAUCAUCGCGCAAGUUAAGGACACGGCAUCUGUUGACGACAUGAUGGAUAUCAGAAUGAUGGAGAUAUUAUAGCUGCGAAGAACGGGACAUUUUCUUUCAUACUUUGACAGCACACCUGUAUCGUAUCAUGCAUUGUCUCGUAUUACAGACAACAUAAUCCUCAAAUCAGAUGUCCUACGAAGAGGACAGCUCCGGCGCAAGCGCUCACAGGUUGGUGUCCUUCUCGUGCAUUGAUUGCUGUAACUGAAGCGCACCUGCGAUGCAUCGCCUCUUGUAGUACUGCGUACUAAUGCAUACGCUAUGCGGAUCAUCACUUCCACGCGAAAAGCAUCACUGCGGAC